AUGCCACGGCCCAGCCAGUCUCCAGAGAACAGUGCCAGCCCUUCCUGCAGGGGCUGCUGCUCGCGGGAGGCCAGGACCACCACCCUCCUGCCCCCAUCCCCGCCCCCUCCGAGCUGGGUCCUCAUUCUGUGCCCACUGGCUCCGCCUCCAAUCCAGGCACGCCCUUCCGUUGAGAUCCGCCCCCCCCCGCCUUGGCCCCGCCCUCAGGGCCGACCCGUCUCCAAUCCUGGCCUCAUCCCCUCGCUGGGACCGCCCCUUCACGUAGAUCCGCCUCCAGCUCUGGCCCCGCCCUCCGCCGAGACCCGCCUCCGACCUGGCCCCGCCCCCACCCCCACCCCGUGUGCUUUCCACCGGUCGACGCCGGGCCAACAGCCCCACCAGCGUGGCCGCCCUGGACACCUGCGGCCCAGCCCGGCCUGCGCAGGUGAGCCGCGGCCGGCCUGUCGCUGCGCUGCCUCUGGCCCCGCGCACCUUCUCUGGGCUCUGCUGGGGCUGAGUUGGCUGCCACGCCCCUGGGGGCUCUGGGAGGUGCCCUGGGCCCUCCGGGAAGACAGGAGGUUCUCUUCCACCUGGAUGGCCAGUCUCAGCUACCAAGAUGUUUUCAGAGAAGAUGAGAACUCAGAGUUCACCUGGGAGGUGAAGGCCAACAACCCGCACUACCACGGGCAGUUCAAGGAGAAAGUCUUCCUGUGCUGCAAAAGGAACAAGUACAAGAACAACAUCAUUCGUACAACCAAGUACAACCUCUUCACCUUCCUGCCUCUGAACCUGUUCGAACAGUUCCACCGAGUGUCCAACCUCUACUUCCUCUUAAUCAUCAUCCUGCAGAGCAUCCCCGAGAUCUCCACGCUGCCCUGGUUCAUACUCUUCACCCCGCUGGUCUGCCUGCUUGUGAUCCGUGCGGUCCGCGACCUGGUGGAUGACAUCGGACGUCAUCGGAGUGACACUGCCAUCAACAACAGACCCUGCCAGGUCCUGGUGAGAAAGAGGUUCCUGUGGAGGAAGUGGAAGGACCUUUGUGUGGGAGACGUGGUGUGUCUGCACAAGGACAGCAUCGUCCCGGCCGACAUGCUCCUCUUGGCCAGCACUGAGCCCAGUAGCCUGUGCUACGUGGAGACAGCGGACAUCGACGGGGAGACCAACCUGAAGUUCAGGCAAGCCUUGUCCAUCACCCACCAUGAGCUGACCACUGUGAGGAGCAUGUCCACCUUCCAAGGGAAGGUGGUGUGUGAGAAGCCCAACAGCCGGAUGCACACCUUUGUGGGGCGCCUGGAGUGGAAGGGUGAGAAGUACCCCCUCAACAGCGGCAACAUCCUCCUGCGAGGCUUCAAGAUUCGUAACACGCACACCUGCUACGGGCUGGUCAUCUACGCCGGUUUUGACACGAAGAUCAUGAAGAACUGUGGCAAGAUCCAAAUGAAAAGGACAAAGCUGGACCACCUGAUGAACAAGCUGGUGAUCCUGAUCUUCCUCUUCCUGGUGCUGGCCGCCUUGGCCUUGACCGUAGGCUUCAGGUACAAGAUGGAAGAAUUCGUAAGCAAACACCACUACCUGUGGGGCAGCUACCAGAGUGUAACAUCCUGUGACAGCGUCCUCAACUUCCUGGGCUUCCUGAUCCUCCUCAGUGUUAUGUUACCCAUGGCCAUGUUUAUCAUAGCCGAGUUCAUCUACCUCGGGAACAGCGUCUUCAUCAACUGGGACAAGGAGAUGUACUACGAGCCGACGGACAUGCCGGCCAAGGCCCGCAGCACCAGCCUCAAUGACCACCUGGGCCAGGUGGAGUUCGUCUUCUCAGACAAGACGGGCACGCUCACUCAGAACAUCAUGGCCUUCAAGAAAUGCUGCAUCGACGGCUACAUCUACGGUGGGCCGCCCUGCCCCACGCGCCCCCAGCCCGCCUCCCAGCCCAGCACCCCACGUCACCGAGCACAGGCGCCCACAGCAGCCCCCAGAGAGGGGUUGGGGGCGGGGCUGCAGGACAGCGAGGGGCCGGGAGAGCUCAGCCUGACUCUAUCCCCCCCACCCCCAGGUUCUGAGGACAAGGACACAGACUCAGAGGACAACCCUUACCAGUGGAACAAGUAUGCCGACAGGAAGCUCCUGUUCCACAACGCAGCGCUGCUGGCCACCGUCAGGGCCGACGAGAGUCCGGCAAUGCGGGAGUUCUGGCGUCUGCUGGCCCUGUGUCACACGGUGAUGGUGCAGGAGCAGGACAACCAGCUCCUGUACCAGGCAGCAUCGCCAGAUGAGGAGGCGCUGGUCACAGCCGCCCGGAACUUCGGUUACGUGUUCCUGUCACGCACGCAGGACACCAUCACACUGAUGGAGCUGGGGCAGACUCGCGUCUACCAGGUGCUGGCCAUGAUGGACUUCAACAGCGUCCGGAAGCGCAUGUCAGUGCUGGUGCGAAACCCCGAGGGCUCCAUCAUCCUGUACACCAAGGGUGCAGACACGGUCAUCUUUGAGCGGCUGUCCAAGAGAGACUUGACUGAGAAGGCCACAGAGGGGGCCCUGGCCGCCUUUGCUGAGGAGACCCUGCGGACGCUCUGUCUGGCCUACAAGGAGGUGGAUGAGGGAGAGUACAAGGAAUGGAGCCAGCGGCACAUGGACGCCAGCCUCCUGCUGCACAGCCGGGCCCAGGCCCUGCACCAGGUGUACGAGGAGAUGGAGCUCGACCUCCAGCUCCUGGGAGCCACUGCCAUUGAGGACAGGCUGCAGGACGGUGUCCCCGACACGAUCAGUUGUCUCAAGAAGGGGAAUAUCAAAGUGUGGGUGCUGACGGGGGACAAGAAAGAGACUGCGGUCAACAUCGCUUUUGCCUGCCGGCUGCUCUCAGAGGACAUGAUCAUUUUGGAAGAGUCGGAAGUUAUGUCCAUGCUACAGAACUACUGGGAGAGUAACAACAACCUUCAGGACGAGCAGAACCGGGGCCUGUCACAUGCCAAGAUGGCCAUGGUCAUCAGUGGGGACUUCCUGGACCAGGUGAUAACCCAGACCGAGGUGGACAAGAGCCACAAUACGUCCUGGACCUUGUCAUCAAUUGUGCCCCACGGCGACGUGUGGAGGGAGCCAGAGCAGGGUGCCCGGCCACCCCUGCCACCGUUUCUGGCUCGCGCGUGGUGCUCAGUUUCGGCGUGGCUGGGGUGCACCUGGGGGCCCAGGUGGUCGCGGGAGGCCGAGUCCCGAGAGGGCAGCGAGGUGAGGUGGGAGCGGGCCUUCGUGGACUUGGCUGUGUGCUGCCAGGCGGUCAUCUGCUACCGUGUGACGCCCAAGCAGAAAGCCUCAAUCGUCACGAUGGUCAAGAAACAUAAGAAAGUCGUGACCUUGGCCAUUGGGGACGGCGCCAAUGACGUGAACAUGAUCAAGACGGCGGACAUCGGUGUGGGGCUGGCCGGCCAGGAGGGCAUGCAGGCCGUUCAGAACAGUGACUACGUGGUGGCCCAGUUCUCGUUCCUGAAGCGUCUCCUGCUGGUGCACGGACGCUGGUCCUACCUGCGCAUCUGCAAGUUCCUGCGGUACUUCAUCUUCAAGACGCCGGCCAGCAUGAUGGCGCAGACGUGGUAUGCCUUCUUCAACGGCUUCACGGCCCAGCCCAUAUACGAAGGCUGGUUCCUUGCGUUUUUCAACCUGCUCUACUCCACCCUGCCUGUCCUCUACAUUGGCCUCUUUGAGCAGGAUGUGAGUGCGGAGAGGAGCCUGCAGCGGCCGGAGCUGUACACGGCAGGCCAGAAGGAUGAGCUCUUCAACUACUCUGUCUUCUUCCAAGCCCUGGGCCAUGGCCUGCUCACCUCCCUGAUCAACUUCUUCGUCACCCUGCUGGCCUGCUACAACACAGGAGGGACCCACAGCCUCAGCGACUACCAGUCCUUCGGGGUCAUCCUGGCCCUGUCAGCCCUGCUGUCCAUUACCGUGGAGGUGAUGCUGGUCAUAAGGUACUGGACAGUCCUGACGGUGGUGUCCAUCUUCCUGAGCUUCUCCUCCUACGUGGUCGUGACCUUCGCUACUCAGAGCCUGUGGCUCUUUAAGAUCUCACCCUUCACCUACCCGUUUCUGUAUGCUGACCACAAUGUGCUGUCCCAGCCCUUUGCCCACCUGGUGAUCCUGCUAAAUGUGACCACCAACACCUUGUUGGUUCUGGCCUUUCGAGUCAUCCACAAGAUUGUCACCAAGCUACACACCAAGGGGGAGGAGGAGUUCCCCAGUCAGGAAAUGACGGUGGAGCCCGUGCCCCACUUGCAGCGGGAGACACGAACCCGGCGCUCCAGCUAUGCCUUCUCCCACCGCGAGGGCUACGCAGACCUCAUCACCCAGGGCACCAUCCUGCGGAAGUCAGAUGAAAACCACAGUGAGCUGAUGGGUGAGGACCAGGACCUCUAUGAAAAUGAGAUGCCUUUGAACGCUGGGGACCCCACCCGGAUCCACAGGAGGCUACUGAAGUGGAAGCAUCAGAGUACAGGGAAGUUCUCCUGUCCGUCCGUGGGCUCCAUGCCCAAGCAUCAAGGGACAGAUCCGGAGCCCAGCGAGAUGCCCAUGUCCCUGGCAGAGGCGCCCUCCCCACCCACGGAAGACUCCGACAGAACCGAGCAGCCUAUGGAGGUCGAGCCCUGGCCCUCAGCCAGCCAGUCGUCAUCCAUGGAGUGGCUGCCAGCUACCACGGAGGACGAGACCCAACCUGCAGGGACAAAGCUGCAGUAG